CGUGCGGUACAGUAAAACUGCGCUAGACGUGAGGUGUCGGCUGCUGGGAAGUGGCGGGGCUUGUUGGGUCGCGCGACGGAAGAAACGCAAUAGUAAGCAGACGUGACGGAGUACUUGUUGGAUAACUCACCCUGGGAGGAUAUAGCAGACGUGAAAAUAACAAGAUUCCGUCUGGAUAAAAUCAAGAAUUUUCAGACUUCCUAGAUUCAAGGUCGGAUUAUUAUUUUACUGUGAACAGUCAGCAACAUCUGAAACAUUAGACUAGCAGACGCUGAAAAAAAAAAAAGACAGCUGCUGGAAAUCGCACGUCACGCAUAAAAAAAAAAUGGCGCAGCGAACGUACAUCUCCGAGAUCCAUGUUCCUAUCAAGAAAGAUGACAUGAGUUUCCAAGAGAGGCAAAUCAAACAGUGGGGAGACAUGGAAAACAGAAUGCAGGAAAGGAGAAGACUUUGGGAGGAAGAGUUCGACCGCAUGCGAGAGGAAUUCUUCACCCUGAAACCCACAGGCAAAAGCCCACAGGGUCUAACAUCUAUGAACUUAGAUACGGGUAUGAAAAGUUUGUUUGAAACAGAUGCAGACGGCAUUCAGCGGUUUAAAGUUCGGUUUGAUGUCACGGAGUUUCAGCCUGAGGAAAUUCAGGUCAAAGUUCAAGAAAAUAAACUUAUUGUCAAUGCAAAACAUGAGGAAAAAUCAUCCCAAACAACGGUAACACGGGAAUACAGUAGACAAGUAGACAUUCCAAGCUCUGUGGACCAGGAGAAGAUGCAGUGUGUUCUCAGCAAAGAUGGAAUCCUUAGUGUAGACGCCCCCCUCAGUCAGCCCUCACUAAUGAGCAGUGAUAGCAUAUUCCCUAUUAAGAGCUCCUCCCCACUCAAAUCUUUAGAUGUGGCAACACCUGUCAAGAACCCAAUUAUCACUGAAGCAGAUGGGAGCAGGAAACUUCGAUUACAGGUGGAUAUUGGUGAAUUCAAACCAGAAGAUGUGGUAGUCAAAACAAUGGACAGGAAGUUGAUUGUUCACGCUGAGCAUGAGGAGAAAACAUCUGGAAGAACAUUGCAUAAAGAGUUCAACAAGGAAUAUGAUCUACCUGAGUCAGUAGACCCAUCCACAAUACAAGCUUAUAUUGCGGAUGAUAAACAGUUAACAAUAGAAGCCCCACUUAAACCAGUACAGAGGAAAGUCUAUUCAGUCACACAGAGUCAAGAUGUCAGAAAAGUUGUCGUCACAAAAGAAUCAUCAGUCACCAUCACAGACGGACAGAAUCGGCCGGUGGUCACCAUAAGUGUGCACAGAAAAUAAGAGCCACAUUUUGAUUAUACAACUUUGUUCAAUUUUUACUGCCCAAAAGUAAAACAUAUAAGCAUGAUACAAGAUAAUUCCUUAGAAACCUUUUGAGAAAUAUUUAGAAUGAAACCUGUCAACAUGUAUUGUAAUUCUUAUUGAACCCCACCUGAGUUAGCUCAAAAUUGACUGUUUAGUUUUUUUAAUGAAAAAAGUGUGAUUAAUAGAGUAUUUUUGCAUGCAAAUUUGCAUGUCAAAGAAUUUUUCAAAUUCAAUUUUACUGGUAUUAUAUCAUCUUUGAACUUUAGAUCUUGUUACGAAUGAUAAUAAUAUACUAUAGGAAAAAAUUGUAUUUUAAAAAUUCUAUUUGUUGAAAGGGAUUGUAAGGGAUUACAUAAAUAUUAUGGUUUUUACUCAUAUGGGCUUCUGGGUGAGUUUAUAUUGAUUCAUCUAACAGUCACUUUUAAUAUUAUAAAUUUUGCUUUUAUAUUUCUAGUACACUCUAAGCAAUUGAAAUACUCUACCUUCAUUUAUCAUUUAUAUUAAAAAAUGAAAGCUGGUAACUAAAUUAACUGAAAUUGUUUUUUGCAAGGGGAUAAUUUAAAUUUUAUUUUACUGUAUCAGAAAUUUUAAAACUUUUAAGUCAUAUUUAUUUAGUCUUACUAAAUUAUUUGAUUCAUUGACUUAAAUUUGACAUGAGAUGGUAAGUAAAUUAAAUUCACCAGCAUCUUUCAUUAUUAUUCCAGUCUAGGUUUUAUUUAUGUUCAUGGCAUGAAAGAAUUUGUAUUGCUUGUUUAUAUGGCCUGUAAUUUAUUAACUAACAAGUAACAUUAGCAGUAGCUUUUCAGUUGUUUUAAUUAGAGCAUUAUUAACAGCAGUAGCUUAUAAAUCACUUCUUGCUUUGUUUUUGUUUUUUUAAGUUUUAAUAUUUUAACGUGUUAUGAACUGUAGAUCUAAAGAUAUUGUAUUUUAGUGUGGAAAACUCGUUAAGUAAAUUAAUAUCAUUUUAUGAGUAAAUACAUUUUACCUUAUGUGCAAUAGAUUAUUUAUUUUCGAUUGGUUUUGUUUGUAUGAUUUUAUUAUGUGAAGACGAUUUUAUUUAUAAAAACUGGAUAUUUCAAACCAGAAAGCAGUUUAUUAAUUAUGUGUACAUUAGAAUGGUUUUGUAUUUUAAGUGGAAUGAAAGUGUUAUAGCUGGUGAAAAGUAUUCCAUUUUUUUUAGAUUUGUGCUAUCUGUAAAGAUUAAAGUUGUUCAAAGGGGAAAUAACACACUUUUUUUACACUGUUAUCUGGCUUCAGUGGUGCCAUCAAUUUUUUGUAACUUUUUUAUCCUAAAAAUGUAUUUCUACCUGGCAGGCUUUACUCUAGAAAGGUCUCACUAUCUAUCUCUUCAGUGGUGACUGUUACAGAUUUACUGGGUGUUUGUUAAAAACAUUAUAUCAACAAAAAUGUUACUCUCUAAAACCUGAAUGUUUAUUUUAUUCAAAAAAUUGGGUGUGAUAUUCUAAAGGGUGGAACUAAAUAUAAUUAUAAUACCACAAAUGUUAUCAAGUUAAACAAAAUGUAGAUAACUAAACCUCAAUAAAACUAAAGCAUUUUGAAAGGGCAUUAGAUGUCGUAUACCAAAGUUUGGUGUGAUUUCAAACAAACUGAUUUUUUUUAAAUUGUUUUUAAUUUUUUUUAAAUAUGCAUUUAUUUAACUUUUAAAAUAACACUUUAUUUUUUUUUUUUUUUAUAAAACUUUGAACUUACAUUUACAUUUUAAUGUGUAAAUUGAUUCUGAUGAGAGAAAAAGUAAAUUUGAUAUUGUUGUGUUAUGUAAGGUGAGUGCUAUGCAUAUCAACAGUUAAGAUGUUAUUUUAAAAUAUUUAAAUCUGGCUUUAUAACGCCAUAUGUGAUAUGUGUGAGAGAUUAUGGUUUUACUUGGGUUUGACUGAGAUCAGUUGUGAAGCAUAAAACUAGAUGAGUGUAUGAAUAUACUAUUACAUCUUCAAAUUGCUACUUCAUACUUUCAAAUAGAAACAUUUAAUUCUCUGAAUGUGCACAAUUUUAAAGAAUUCUUUUUGUAAAUAUAUUUCAAUUAGAGAAAUGUUUACAUUUUUAUUUGUGCAAAUAAAAUACUACAGUGCUCUUCACUAUGAGAAAAAUAAAGUGUAUCUAAAUCCACUACAACUAAGGAUGUGAAAUGUACUUAAAUAUUUAUCCAAGGACGUGAAGAAAAUUGUGAUUUAACUUGUCUUAUUUUAGCAAUAUAGAGCUUAAUAAGCUUGUAGAUUAGUUCUUCAGUAUCUGUGACAGUAACAAUGUAUACAUGUUGUCAACUUUGUAGGUCUUGAUUAUAUAAAUGGUGGUCUCCAUGUUUAAUCAUUUACAUUCAUCUUGUAGUCAUGUUUUGUGUAACUUGUAACAGUUUUAUCAUGUGUGCUGGGUAAUAUCUCACUAGUGUGAAAAUACAAAUCAUUCUGCUACAUUUUAUAAACAUUUUCAGAAUAUGAACAAUGAAAAUGAACAAGUUUUUUUUUUUUACAUUACAAAAAAACAUGUGGUGUCUUUAGUCCUUAAAGGAUCCUUUGAAUAAUCAGUCUUCAGUUACCCCAUAUCCAAAACAUUUAUUGAAAUGGUAAACUGACUAAACUGUAAAUUUCUUUAAAUGCUGUUAUGUGUUAACUGUUUGAUAUAUUUAUAACUCAUGGCUGUUUUAUGUGUUAUUUGCUGCUCUCUUGUGGUUCAAACUUUUGUAUCAAUUCCUACAAUGUUUUAUUUGGAAAUAAUAAAUUAUAAUAU